UAGUUCUUCACAGAAAAGGGAAAUACCACACUACACGCGAGUAGUGGCUGUGGUGCGUCCAUCCUAAGCCCCAGACCCAACUAGUCGCAGAUCGAGUUCCAGAAGAGAGAGAGAGAGAGAGCAAAUAAUAGAAAAUGUUUCCAAUUUCCAGAGUCUCUUCUCUGAAUCUAACACCGCUACAGCCUGCAAAAACACAUUACAGUUCUUAUUCUUCGUCUUUUUCUUCCCCUGUUUACAAGCCAAUCUCCCAAAUCACACUUCUCUCUUCAACAAAAAACCCCGCCCCAAUUUCAGUUGAAACCCAUUUGACUUCCACCUCAAACUACAGAGACAACACCUUACCCACCAUGUCAGAAAUAAUGGAUUCAUCAAGAGCCCAGAACCUCCAUCUUCAACUCCAAACCUUGGGGCCCUUUUUCAGGAUCACAGCAACCAGCUUGAAGACCAAGAGAGAGCUUGGAAGGGCAGAAGGGCUAGUGAGGUUCUGGUUGGGAGGUAAGAUUCUUCACUUGGACUCCAUUAGAUUGUGCAGAGAGACACUAAGCAUGGAGAAAUCAAUCUUUGGUAUUGGUUUGUUCAUCGGAGCCGUGGCUAUUCGGUAUGGGUAUGAUUGUGGUUGCAGAAUUGCAGAGCUUCUCGCCAUUAAUGACUCGGACCUUUACCAUUCGAAGCUUGUUAGGUUUUACACAAGAAUUGGGUUCAAGGCUGUGCAUGAAGUGACUGGUUCGUCUGUUGGAGACCUUGCUCACAUGCUAGUCUGGGGAGGCAAAGGGACCCGAAUGGAUGCUGACAUCAAAGAACUUAUGAUAAAAUGGUGCUGUAGGUUUACCAUUCACAGUUGAACUUAUCCAGCAAUCUGGACAAAAGAGGGUUACAGCUCCCAAAUUUUACAGUUCCCUAGCCAAGAGAGCUAAGAUUCUGCUGCUCAUUUACUUUAGAGAACAACUCAUACUAAAAGCCCUUUCCACUGUGAGUAUAUGUUUAUUCCUCAUUCCCACUAGGGAAAACUUUUAUGUGUUUUUCUUCAUUGUCAUUGCAUAUAAAGUGGUAGGUUCUAAUUAAAACUUUAUAUCGUUUCCUUU